UCGAGCCUGAAGAAUCUGACGCUUGACAGCCGCUGGAGAUUCGAGCACGGGACAAGGGUGGCAUGCCUCGACAGUCACGGGCUUGACGAGUUUCCAAGGCAUAACGUUGCCACUGAUUCUCCCAGUAAUGCUAUCAGCAAAGCAUGGGUUACAUGUCGUUGCCAAGAGGGUGCAGGGAAAGUCAAGCGGAAGUGAGCCUCAUGCUUGAUAGAGCAACUCAACUUCAAGUCCACCCCCAUGGAUAGAAGUAUAAGUAUGUCCUGGCUUCCGUUCGAUGCUCCAGACGAAAAGCUCAUCCAUCAAGUGGCACGAGUAAAAGACUCAAAGAGCAACACCAUCCAUCACCUUUGCAUACAGUUUCUUGAUUUUCGCGGCAUCCCAAGUGUUUCGCCAUGUUGAACUUCUUCGGCAAGUCCGUGGCCCUGCUGGCUGCGCUGCAGGCCACCCUUACCUCUGCGAGCCCCCUCGCCACAAAGGAACACUCUGUUGAGAAGAGAGCCAGUGGAUUUGCGAAUGCGGUCUACUUCACAAACUGGGGCAUCUACGGACGCAACUUCCAGCCUGCGGAUCUGGUCGCGUCGGACAUCACUCAUGUCAUCUACUCCUUCAUGAACCUCCAAUCAGACGGCACUGUUGUCGCCAGUGAUACUUACGCUGAUGUCGAGAAGCACUAUGCGGAUGAUUCCUGGAACGAUGUCGGCACCAACUUGUACGGCUGUGCCAAGCAACUGUUCAAGUUGAAGAAGGCCAACCGAAACCUGAAGGUUAUGCUUUCCAUCGGCGGCUGGACCUAUUCUACCAACUUCGCCUCUGCAGCGAGCACGGAUGCGAACCGAAAGAGAUUCGCCUCAACUGCCAUUACGUACAUGAAGGACUGGGGCUUCGACGGUAUCGACAUCGACUGGGAGUACCCUGCCGACAGCACCCAGGCCUCCAACAUGAUUCUUCUGUUGAAGGAGGUCCGAUCUCAGCUUGACGCCUACGCCGCACAGCACGCCCCUGGCUACCACUUCCUUCUCUCCAUUGCUGCGCCGGCCGGCGAAGUCAACUACUCCCUCCUGCGCAUGGCCGAUCUCGGCCAAGUCCUCGACUAUGUUAACCUCAUGGCCUACGACUAUGCCGGAUCUUGGAGCAACGCCUCCGGACACGACGCCAACCUGUAUCACAACCCGCAGAACCCCAACGCGACACCCUUCAACACUGAUGAUGCUGUGAAGGCCUACAUCAACGGAGGUGUUCCCGCAAGCAAGAUUGUCCUUGGUAUGCCCAUCUACGGCCGAUCCUUUGAGUCCACCUCUGGCAUUGGCCAGCCUUUCACCGGAAUCGGGUCUGGAAGCUGGGAGAACGGUGUCUGGGACUACAAGGCCCUGCCCAAGGCCGGCGCGACCGUCCAGUACGAUGACGUCGCCAAGGCUUCCUACAGCUAUGACCCGAGCACGAAGGAGCUCAUCUCUUUCGACACCCCCGACGUGGUCAACACCAAGGUGUCUUACCUCAAGUCCCUUGGCCUGGGCGGCAGCAUGUUCUGGGAGGCCUCGGCCGACAAGAAGGGCGCCGACUCGCUGAUUGGAACAAGCCACAAGGCUCUGGGAGCCCUGGACUCGACUCAGAACCUGUUGAGCUACCCCGACUCCAAGUACGACAACCUCAAGAACGGCCUCAUCUAAAUGGCCUCGUAUUCGGCAUCUGUGACGGGCGCGGGAGAUGUUGCAGGAGGGCAACUUUGUUUGAAGCAAUUUAUCAUCGUAGAUAGUUCCACAUAUACCACUGUACAUAGGCACACACGUAUAUACAGGCAGUUAGCGAGA